CGUUGCACGGUCGCGGUGGUGGCGCGUGCGCUCCGCGUACCUAUCCACGGGAGACAAGUUGCGCAUGCGCUUGGGAGAAGAAGGGGGGGGAACUACCUUUUAGGAUGCCCUCGCCGUGCGUGACACUCGCCCUUGUGGGCCGUAUGCCCCCAGACCCCAGAAUAACCAAAACAUUUCCUAAGGCUGGGAAUGGGGGAAGUGGAUGCCGAUCAGGAAACGUUGGAAACACUCGCCACGCCUGAGCAUGCUGCUUGCUGUUGGGGGGAGGGCGGUUUGUUGCGCGUACUCAUCGCGCAGAGGACUGUCUCCUUUCUCUCUUAAUGGAACGGGGCGCAUGCGUAGUGGGAGAACAGCCGCUCACACAAAUGACACUGAGAGAACAGAUUCUGGAGAAACUAUUAAUUCUGUCUGCAUAUUGUUAAAACUCUGUGGUGCUUCCAAGCCAUCUCUCAUCCAGAUGCUGUGCAGAACCAGAGCUCCUUAGGUUGAAAUGGCAUGAUGUUAGUUGCUUUCUGAUGUUGGGAAGAGCAAGUUUAGGGAUCAGGAUAUCUCCACAGAGACACUUUGCUACCUGAUACCUGACAAGCCCAUAUGAAUCUGCGUUCUGUAUUUACUGCAGAACAACAAAGGAUAUUGCAGCGUUAUUAUGAAAAUGGAAUGACAAAUCAGAGUAAAAAUUGCUUUCAGCUCAUAUUACAGUGUGCACAAGAAACUAAGCUGGACUUCAGUGUAGUCAGGACCUGGGUUGGCAACAAAAGAAGGAAGAUGAGCAGCAAGAAUGUUGUGGAUUCUGGAGGCACUCCAUCAGGGACUGUUGCCAGCACGCUGACUGUGCCUCCAGAAGUGGCUGUCCGAAACGUGGUCAGCAUUGCUCGCUCCCAAAGCCAGCAAUCAUCCUGGACGUCCUCCAACAAUGACGUCAUUGUAACUGGUAUAUACAAUCCAGCCAGCUCUUCCAGCAGGCUGGUGUCCGCUAAGCAGACUAAUGCGCUGAUGACCGAUAUGCAUAAAAACACUCUUCCGAGACCACCAGGGAAAAGUGACCCUGAAUUUCAGCGGCAGCACAUUGCAGUGGCGCGGCAAGCGCCCCACUGUAAAAAUGCUUCAUUGUUCCUGGGAGAAAAAACAAUUAUCCUGUCUAGGCAAACAAGUGUGUUAAAUUCAGCAAACUCAAUUUAUAAUCACACUAAGAAAAGCUAUGGCGGUUCCUCGGUUCAGACGGCUGAGCUGGUUUUACCUCAAAAGCCCGUGUUGUGCCACAGACCAUGCAAAGUGGAGCAGUUGGGGUGUCAAAGGUUACAAAAACCAGAGCAUCCAAUCCUUGCCUCACAUGUGCCAUCUGGGCAAAGGGCUAACAUUAGAGAUCCUUCCUGCAGCACGCACAACUUGGAAAUCCGAGAGGUUUUUUCCCUGGCCGUUACUGAUCAACCUCAGAGAAUCCUGACAGGAAAUGCACAGAAGUCUUCUUCUUCUUCUUCAGGAGAAGCCAAUUGUUUGUCAAUUGCCAUGGAAACUGCAGAUGUGGACGAUGAAUAUGCUAGAGAGGAAGAGUUGGCAUCAAUGGGUGCCCAAAUACAGAAUUACUCCAGGCUAAGUGGCACUUCCCUCAGAGUUGAGAAUCCAGGCACAGGUUUGUCUGGGUCAGGCAGAAGUGUCAGCUGCAGUUCACACUUGGUGAAUUCCAGGGACUUGCACAACAGUAUCCUGUAUCAUAACAGAGACUACCGUUUGCCUCCACGGACCUCCUUGCAUUCCACGUCUAGUACACUGUAUAGCAGUUCUUACCCUUCAAGAAGUAAUCUAUCUUCUCAUUUUGCAGCUUCCAAUCAGCUAAGGCUGUCUCAAAACCAAAACAAUUACCAGAUUUCAGGAAACCUUACUGUGCCUUGGAUUGCGGGGUGUUCCCGAAAAAGAGCACUACAGGACCGUACACAAUUUAGUGACCGGGAUUUAGCUACCCUUAAGAAAUACUGGGACAAGGGCAUGACCAGCCUCGGCUCAGUUUGCAGAGAGAAAAUUGAAGCAGUCGCUGCCGAGUUAAACGUUGACUGUGAAAUAGUGCGGACUUGGAUUGGGAAUCGAAGACGAAAAUAUCGUCUAAUGGGAAUUGAAGUCCCUCCUCCUCGAGGUGGCCCUGCUGAUUUUUCCAAUCAAUCUGAUUCCAGCGGUAAAUCAAUACCCAUUCCAGGAGAUGAUGCUUCGACAGAUGUGGGAGAUGAUAAUGACAGGAAUGACGAAGUGUCAAUCUGCUUAUCAGAAGGAAGUUCACAAGAAGAACACAGCGAAGUUCUUCAGAAUGAAGACAUUGGCCACAAAGAGGACCAAACUACUGUAGCUGCUGAUAAUGUGAAAAUAGAAAUCAUAGAUGAUGAAGAAAGUGAUAUGAUAAGUAAUUCUGAAGUGGACCAGAUGAGUUCUCUUCUGGAUUACAAAAAUGAGGAAGUAAGGUUCAUUGAAAAUGAACUGGAGCAUCAAAAACAGAAAUACUUUGAACUACAGGCUUUCACUCGGAGUUUGAUACUUGCUAUCAAAACGGAUGAUAAAGAACAGCAGCAGGCACUUCUGGCAGAUAUACCUCCAGAGUUAGAAGAGAUGGAUUUCAAUAACGCAUCUCCGGAACCUGAUGAUACCUCAUUCAGCUUGUCGUCUUCAUCAGAGAAAAAUGCCUUGGACAGUUUGUGAUCUUGAUGUGAUGCCAUGUUGUUUGCUUAAUCUGUAUUGUUUUGAUCGCAUUUUGGUAGCCAGUACCCUUAAAUAUGAAGGGGAGAGAGACAGGGUUGGGAAGGCAGACUAACAACCUUGCAUAGUGGGUGUGGCUGAUGGUAGCUGCAAGUUCAGAAUUUUUUUUUUAAUGAAUGUGAAAGCUGCUUGAGAAAAAGACAUUAUGCUCCUAGCGGCUCUGCCUUGACGAUGGUACAUUUUAUGUGUUACUAACACACAUUAGAACAAGGCCCUUGUCUGAGUAGGGCACCAAAAAUGGAAGAAUUGUUUUAAAGUUAUGACCAUUUCUUCCUAAUCUAGCCCACCAACCCUGUUCAAUGUGAUGUUUUGCCUUCUCUUUCUUUCUUGCCCUUUCUCAGGUAGGUUGAUUGAUCACUGGAAAGUAAGGCCUUCAAAAGAUCAGUGGAUAAAAGUUGGGCCUUCACUAAAAUGAUGAUGAUUGCAAAUAAGGGAUCAAACUAAAGAAGUGUGUGUGUGUGUGCAUGCGUGCGCUUUCCUGUACAUAACAGCAAAUCGUGUCUUCUGUUUGCUCCACCUCUCUCCAAUGCCUCAAAAUUAUUGAAAUUGUAAAACUAUCUUAAUUGAUUUCAGUAGUUUUUUUAUGUAUAGUGGUAGAUGGAAAUUCUGAACAAAAAGUUAGCUCUUCUUAGAAAUAGCCAAUUGCUCAGCAAAGCAACAGUGUCCCGUAGCACAGAGACUUAAUACAGUGUGUGUCUUCUCCCCCAUCACAGAGAAACAACACAUACACAGAUCUAGAAGAUGUGUUUCACUUCUGUAGCUUAUUUACAAGUAAUUAGUGCGUGACCAAGGCCCAUCUGAAGGCUGCUCAGACUGUGGCUUUGUAGUUCAAACCAGAGCUUUCACCUUGGCUGAAAGAGGGAGAGGCAGGAGAGGAAAGAGCUUGGGACCAGCAUCUGCCCUGGCAGCAGGAGAGCUGAGAGAAGCAUUGAUGAAAGAUGUUUCCAAGGGAAGUGCUCCUGGCAUUGUAAUUUGGAACAGCUGCUCAAUUCAAAUAUGAAUGGGCACAGAAAACCAACCCAACCCUGUCUUAUGAAUUGGCUCUGGCAGGUAGGCCAGCAAAUGAAAAAAUAAAUGUAUAUAUGCUCCUGACACAGAAGUCUCUUCCUGCAACUUGUUGGGCAAAUACAAGCCUAUGUAGAACUCAGCUCAGUGACAAAUGCAUUUUAGUCAUCCCUAUCUGUUGCGUGGGUCAAAAUCUUGAUGUGCAUCGAGUAGUCUAAACAAAGAGUUUUGAAAUAUCCGACACACAAAUCUCCAUUUUCACCAGUGUAUUAAGACUGAGUGUUUAACCAUUUUCAUGAUUUUGAUUUACAGUUAUGUAUGUUCUAUCUUUAAUUGGAGAAUGAAAACGUUAAGAUACCUUUUUUCCUAUUGCCAAGAAAGAUGCAUGGUUUGUUCUAUGGGAUGUCAUUUCUCCUAUGAAAAUAUGAGAGAAAUACCACACAUUAAAAAGGCACAUUUUCUUA